CCACUAAAUCAGGAUCACAAUAUUAUUAAGAUAGCAAUAUCUAUUUCACAAGUACUUCUAAAUCCUUGUUACAUCUCACUAUUAAAGUAUAGACUGUUAAGGACUCACUUAUUGCAAGUACGGAGAGCGCACGAUACACAGGUGCAUUCGAAAUAUUGUUGUUGUUUUUUUAGAAAAUCUUCCAUAAUAGGACAUGUCAUAAAAAAACAUAUUUCUUUUUAAAUAACACUAAGCAUAUAGGAAUAAAGAGAAAAAUCGAAAUGCGAGCUAUAUUAAUAUCUGUUUUGGCCGCGACUUUCGCCGACUUGGUCUGUGCUGAUGUGUGGUGGGAAUCCGCCACCAUCUACCAGAUCUACCCUCGCUCCUUCAAGGACAGUGACGGUGAUGGCAUUGGAGAUUUGAAUGGAAUAACAGAAAAGCUGCCCUAUCUAAAAGAUACAGGGGUCGACGCAAUAUGGCUGUCGCCCAUCUAUUCGUCCCCUAUGUACGACUUCGGGUACGAUAUUACAAACUACAAGGAGAUUUCUUCCGAGUAUGGCACAAUGGAGGACUUCGAUAAUCUUAUGAAAGAAGCAAAAAACUUGGGUAUUCGCGUGGUAUUAGACUACGUUCCUAACCACACGAGCAACGAGAGUGAUUGGUUUGUAAAAUCCGCUAACCGGGAAUCGGGCUAUGAGGACUAUUACAUCUGGGCUGAUGGGAAACUCAGUCCUAAUGAUUCUAAUCAACUUUUGCCUCCUAACAACUGGGUCAGCAUAUUCCGCAAGAGUGCGUGGCAAUACCAUCCUAUAAGGCAACAAUUCUACUUACACCAGUUUGUAAUAGGCCAACCCGACCUUAAUUAUCGCAACACCAGAGUUCAAGAAGAGAUGAAGGAUGUCCUCCAUUUUUGGUUGGAUAAAGGCGUGUCUGGGUUCCGCGUGGACGCCGUUAACAUUAUGUAUGAAGUGGACCCCAGCAAGCACGACGGGAAGUACCCCGACGAACCGCCAUCUGGAACACCCGGUACCACUCCAGACGACUAUGAAUAUUUAGAUCACAUAUACACAAAAAACAUGGAAGAGACGUAUGACGUAGUUUACGACUGGCGAGAUUUGCUCGACGAGUACAUAGCUCGUCAUAACGAAUCCAAGGUUAUGAUGACGGAAUGCUACGCGGAUUUAUCCGACAUGAUCCGUUACUAUGGCAACGGCGUCAGAAACGGUUCAGUGCCUUUCAACUUUCUCUAUUUGGAGGGAUUAAAGAAAGAGUCGAAUGCAGAAGACUUCAAGAUGGUAAUCGAUAAUUGGAUGAAUAACAUGCCUGCUGGGAAGACGGCAAAUUGGGUGAAUGGUAACCACGAUCAAAGCCGCGUGGGAACUAGACACGGCGUCAAAAGGAUAGAUGCCUUGAAUAUGCUAGCGCUCAUGUUGCCUGGAAUCUCUCUUACUUAUCAGGGUGAAGAAAUCGGCAUGACCGAUGGUUCUAUAAGCUGGACGGAUACAAAGGACCCGCAGGCUUGCAACACCGACGACCCUACGAACUACUGGAUGAAGUCACGUGACCCGGCCCGUACCCCUUACCAGUGGGACGGCUCUAAGCACGCUGGUUUCUCAAACAGCAGCGGGGACACCUGGUUGCCUGUUGCUGAUAAUUACGAAACAGUCAACCUGGCGGCGCAAAUAAAUGUCGUCAAAAGCCAUUACACGUUCUACAAAGAUGUGGUCGCGAUCAAGAAGUCACCUGCUGUUCGGAGGGGUAAUAUGGACAUCAGAGCUCCGUCCAAGGACAUUUUAGUAGUUACCAGGCAAUUAUCAGGUAAUCCUGGAUUCGCUAGUAUUAUCAAUUUAUCAGACCAACAACAAAGAGUGAAUCUGUCUGCUGUGGGCUUAUCUGAUCGACUGAGAGUAGCCGCUUCUGGUGUAGACUGUACCUUAGAAAAAGGGGCGCAAGUUACCAAAGACAACAUAGCUGUUUCACCUCACUGUGCCAUAGUUUUAACAACAACUGCGCAAAACGCCAACAACGGCUGUCUAACGCCCAAGUUCUUUAUGAAACCUUUAUUCAUGUACUUUUCAGUAUUUUUGUAUAGAUACUUUUAUAUUAGGUACUAAUUGUAAACUUUAGAAUAUUAACUAGUAGGCCUCUUAUAUGUGAGGGCCCAUCUGGGUUGUUACCAUUGCAGUAUCUAUUUUUUCCAAGCAGCAGUGUACGGGCAAGUGGCUUUAAGUUAAACUAAAGUAAUGAUUUAAUCCAAUUUUAUUUUACAAUUAAUCAAUCAACUAUAUACAGCUUCAUGCUUUGGGACACAUGGUCAUGCUUCCAGGAGGUGGCAAGAUGACAUUUUAAUAAAUUCUUAUGGACAAAUCACUUUCAACAUACAAAGUCCUGUGAUCUUAACAUACUAUGAACAUAUGUGUUUACUUCUUUUUUUUUAAAUUAUUGUGUAGAUCACAAGUCACUACCACCAUCCCUACAUAAAGACAUGUGUGCAAAGCUUUAGUUUCAACGGUCACCAUUCAUUAAAAGUCCAUAGCACCUUCUAGAAAGCACAAGCAGUCAACUUUGUUUAUAAUAAGAUCUAAAUCCUUCUUUGAUAUAAUUUUCCUUUUAUUUGUUGAGGUGUAUGCAUAUGUCUCCUUAGCUAUUGUUUCUAAAAAUAAUUCCUGCAAUAAAGGAUAUAUGUUAA